AUGAACGGAGGCAGCACGCACCCCACUUACAGAAGCCUGCGCCAUCAGCAGCCACGUCUGGCAGCUGGCCUGGACCCCGACUACAGGGCGGCUGCACUGCGCAAGACCACCAACCAGAUCCACAGCUUUACGAACAAGGUUAGUCCUAGCCAGAACGUCACAGGGAGCGCAAACAGUUCGUCUGGGGCUGAUGAUGGCAAAGCUGAGAUGAAUGACCCUCUGGGAUGCGCCAGGAAGGAGAAUGGCACCAUGGCAAUGGUGACAAAAUUCAUACUCUUGGGCCUUUCUAGCCGCUUGGAAGACCAGUUCAUCCUCUUUGGAUUCUUCACAGUCUUCUACCUGACAGCCCUGGUGGGAAACCUACUUAUCUUAGUGAUGAUCAGCUUGGACUCCAGGCUCCACACGCCCAUGUAUUUCUUCCUGGGCAAUCUGUCAGCGGUGGACGUAGGCUACACCACCUCCACGGUGCCCAAGAUGCUGGUGAACUACCUGUCACAGGACAAGUCCAUCUUGCUUCCUGGCUGCCUCACUUAGAUGUGCUUCUUCAUUUCCUUUGGGGGGAUCGAGUGCCUGCUGCUGGGGGUCAUGGCGUAUGACCGCUAUGCUGCCAUCUGCCACCCGCUGCGCUAUGGUGUUCUGAUGAGCCAAAGGGCAUGCUCUUGUCUGGCUGCAGCUGCCUGGGCUGUUGGCUUGGCCAACUCGACUGUGCACUUGGGUCUGAUGUUCCGCUUGUCCUUCUGUCAUGACAACGUCAUCCACCACUUUUUCUGUGACAUCCCCCUGCUUUUCCAGCUCUCCUGCUCUGACACACAGAUCAAUCAGAUUGCCACUAUUGCUGUGGGAGGUCCUGUCGCCAUGGGCUCCUUCUUGGUGACUCUUGUGUCCUACAUCUACGUUGUUCUGGCCAUCCUCAGGAUCCGCACCAAGGAAGGACGCCUCAAGGCCUUUUCCACCUGCACCUCCCACCUGGCUGCGGUCAACCUUUAUUUUGGCACCAUCCUCUUCACCUACGUCCGCCCCAAUUCCAGCUACUCCCAAGAGCAGGAUCGGGCUCUGCCUGUGCUCUAUGGCAUCAUCACCCUCAUGUUAAAUCCUAUUAUCUAUAGCCUGAGAAACAAGGAGGUGAAGGGGGCUCUCCAGAAAGCCUUAGGCAGGAGCUAG